GCUGAGAGUUGAAUCCCCAACCAUUCUCUCCCAUACUCUAGGAUUUAAAUUUGCUGUCCUCUUUUUUCUCAAACUAUUCAACUUGGCUACGUUAAUAAAAGGUCAGAUAUUGCUUGCAAGGACUGGCGGAAGAAUGCACAUGCGAGUAAUCUGUAUAGACAUUAUCGACUCGAUAGGGUCUCUCGUCCUGUUCUAGACUCCUGCAUUUCACCUCAUCUUACUCGAACCAACCCACCACUUUGGAACUUUAUGAAUAGAAUCUAGGACUGCAGUCAAUUUCAGAUACCUCCUCGCUGGCUUAGCACAUGGUAAACAAACGAAUGGGGUAAAUCUUCACAGUUGGUCUAUGGAUAGCUAGGAAACGGUAUGCCUAGCUUGUAACGGCGAUGUGUAUGCCAGAUGCCUCGGGGCAAAAUACGCUGAUGGAUAGUCAUUGGGCUCCUAUGCCAAUAUCUUGUUUCUUAAGGGCGUUUAAACGUCUGGAAAUCCAUCUCCUUGUAGCAAUAAUAGUCAUCCCGGGCUCCUUGGCUAGAGCCGCCAUUGCAGCGCCUUCGCCUGCCGCCGAUCUUGCCCAUGGCACGACUGCCGAGUUAGCUCUGCAGGGCUGCCAAACAAUUGCCCCUACGACCUUCGAUUUGCUUGACAUAAACAAUCCCGACUUACCAAUCGAGUUCGACUGGUUCUUCACCGUCGCGCGCAGAGACGGCGUGAACACGAGAAUCACUGCCUUUACUUUCGAAGGAAUCCCGGCAGGCGCAACGGGUUGCAUGCUAGCCUUCGACAGCCCCAAGCCUACUUCCGAAGGCCAGUACGGCUACGGUCCGAGUGUCACGGUAGAUAUCUGGUCCACGCAGCCAUGGACGAUACCGCAUUCCCCGACGUAUUCCAAGCAACCCCCAAGGGACCAGCUGGUCGCCACUUUGAAUGUACCUAUAUCUGAGGAGCAGGAGGCAUUCCAUACUAUCCUCGCCAGCAAUACAUGUUCGCAUACCAUGAGCUUUCUUGCGGAAUAUAGCCCGUGGCAAAAAGGGGACGGCAUGGCGUUUUGGCUGAAUCAACCAGGUACUGUUGGCUUUUCGAUGGUAUUUAACUGUUGACAGCCUUCGUCUGAGGGGUCCUACCUAACAUGACAAAGAUAUCUUCCGCCUCUAUGGUUAGAGGGGGUCUUGAUUGAUGAAUCCGGCCUCGAUUGUGUUGUUUAGAUUCUAAUCCCAAAUAAAACCCUGAAAUUACCCAGAUACUUCAACACGUGUAAAACUUUAUUAUACUUGCUCAUUCUUCAACUGCGAAUAUCAUAUGCAGAGCCCUUCAGUAAACUCCAGUACAUUUCGAGGAGUAUUCUAGUGUAAAAUAAAAUAUAUAGCAUAGCGAGUCAUCUCAUCGCAGGAGUACUUACUUACACAUGCACAACAGUCUUGAGCAACCGGCAUCGCAGGCCCAUGAGAGUGUUUCCAUGGAAGCACAAAAAGUUGAGUGGGGCUAAAGCAAUAUGAAUUUAUUCUUAGCAGGAAAGGAAGUCUGGGUUUGACCCUGGUAUAAAUAUCAUGCGUACCAAAACCGAAACCGCCAGGGAAACAGUAGCAAACAUGAAACAAAGAAAAUACACACAUCCCCUUUAAAAGAGAUAAAUGUUCAGGCAAUCAACUUGGAUGG